AUGAUAAGCGAAUAUAAAAUAUCACAUAAAGCUAAAAAGCGGAUCAAAGAAGUUAAAAGGAAAGCUCGUCCGGAAUUAACUAAUAAACAACAAUGGACAGCUUUGAAGUAUGCUGAGAACUUUGAAGAAUUUUUGAAAUGCAAUGACAAUGUUGAAAGAGUUGAUAGUAACAAAGUAUCACAAGAAGAUUUUAUUGAAAAAUAUGAAAAGAUAUUUAGACCUAUUGUUAUUACAAAUGUUCAGACACAUUGGAAAGCUAACCAUAAAUGGACUUUAGAUAGAUUAGCCAAAAAAUAUCGAAACCAAAAAUUCAAAUGUGGUGAAGACAAUGAGGGUUAUAGUGUUAAGAUGAAAAUGAAGUAUUAUGUAACUUAUAUGAGGACAACGACUGAUGACAGUCCACUUUAUAUUUUUGAUAGUAGUUUUGGUGAGCAUCCAAGAAGGAAAAAGCUACUGGAAGAUUAUGAGGUACCUAAGUAUUUUAGGGAUGAUCUGUUUAAGUAUUGUGGCAGUGAGCGAAGGCCUCCAUAUCGUUGGUUUGUGAUGGGACCACAACGAUCUGGAACUGGGAUUCAUAUAGACCCAUUAGGCACUGGGGCCUGGAAUGCUCUAGUGUUUGGUCACAAAAGAUGGUGCUUGUUUCCAACUCAAACACCUAAAGAAUUGAUUAAAGUAACAGGAGCUAUGGGAGGGAAACAGAGAGAUGAAGCCAUUACUUGGUUCAAACUUAUUUAUCCUAAGACUCAAUUAGAGAGUUGGCCAGAGGAAUAUAAACCGGUGGAAAUACUCCAAAAACCAGGUGAAACAGUAUUUGUGCCAGGUGGCUGGUGGCAUGUGGUGCUAAAUUUGGAUGAAACUGUAGCUGUGACUCAGAAUUUCUGCAGCCGUACCAAUUUCCCCAUAGUGUGGCAUAAGACUGUUCGAGGCAGGCCUAAGCUUUCCAAAAAGUGGAUUAAAGUAUUAGAAGCCAAAGAACCAGACCUUUACAAGAUAGCAAGUAGCUUGGACAUUAACCAAAGUACUGGUGUGGCUUCAGAUAGCUCAUCAAACAGUAGUUCUUCUAGCAGUGAUAGUGAGAGCAGCUCAUCUGAGAGCUCAAGUGAAGAAGAUAGCGGUCAAGAGAGUAUCUCUGCUCACAAGAAAAAGAAAAGAAGGAAAGUAGAUACAGAAUAA